CUCGCAUCAAUCAACCUACCAAUCACACCCGAAACAAACACUAUAACUUACUAUUAUACAAAUCAAAAUGCGCUUCACAACUCUCUCCGUCCUACUUCUAUCAACUUUAACACUAGCAUCCGCAGACUCCGACCCAGCCAUCGCAAAGCGAGACGACAACACCGAUUCAGACUUGUCUAACCCUCUAAGUAACCUAGUCAACCCAACCACAACCACCACAAUGCCCACGCUCUUCCCCGAAGUGCCUACCUCCAUCAGAUCCGACCUCAUCACUGAAGUACCGACCUCUGUCAUCUCCGAGAUGACGAACCCGACAGCUUGGUCAUCAGUCGCGAGCGAGUGGAAAAACGGAAUCAUUCCAUCGUGGUACAGUAGUCUGAAUGGGGAUGUGAAAUCGUACUUUUCGACGGCGUUUGAAACGGCUUCGCCUUCCACCUCGUCUUCGCAUGGUGGUGCUGGGCCUGCGGCUCCGAAGGCGACGGGUAUGGCGGGUAUUAUGGGUGCUGCGGGGAUUUUGGGGAUGGCGAUUGUUCUGCAUGGGUUUGAUAUAUCCACUCAAGAAGAUGGGUGGUUGUUGGACGAGGUGGUGGUUCAGAGACCAUACAGGAAGGAAAAGAGGUUAAGGAUCAGCUGA